AUGUUCUAUCCAGGUCCUCAUCAGAAAAUUGUGCCUGGUGACAAGGUUAGAAUCAGCAAGUAUAAAAAGAUUUUUGAUAAGGGCUAUCUACCCAAUUGGUCAAAUGAGCUGUUCACAGUAACACAUGUACGAUCCACAGUACCUAUAACAUAUGAGCUUGAGGACGUUAGAGGUCAACCAGUGCAAGGAGGAUUCUAUUCACAGGAAAUUGUUAAAACCAAGGUGCCUAGUGUUUUUGAAAUUGCUAAAGUGUUGAAGAGGAGGGGGAACAAGCUGCUGGUGCAUUGGAAAGGAUAUGAUAGCAGCCACAACUCAUGGAUUGAUAAAAACGAUCUGGUGUAG